CACAAACACACUUUGCUCGCUGUGCAGCAAAACAUUCGCUAUCCCCAAUUCUUGCCUGCUUUUCCAACUAGUACCUUCGUUUCAACUGACACAUCACUUACUACAUCCUACGUACCAUGCAUCAACGCUCGUUCAAGUCGACAGCCAAAUGCGGCGCCACCAGCACCAAGACAGCCCUCUUGGGACUGUUGAUGGCUGCGCCGGGGGUCUGGGUGCAGGCUGCUCCUGGCGUUAGUCUUGAUGCCGUAGUGGCCAACAAGCUCGAGACCAAGAGCCUCGAUAGUUCUUCCAUCAUUGCCAGCAAGCCAAAAGGUGACGACGGAGAUGACCCCUGGUUGAUGCCAGCCAACAAGUUCUACGACAACUACCUGGACAACUACUGGGCGAACCGGAACCAGUCUUCUGUGCAUGGGCGGUCGUCGCUAGCGGGCAUGGCGCACAGGAAGCGGACUGUGCCGAAGUAUGAUUCUGCCCUCUACUGCGGCGUCUUCGCCACCGGCUACAAAGAGGACAUCUCCGCUCUCCUCUGGGACUUCCACACCAAACAAAACAUCAUCCACUACAUCGUCGGCUGGCGCGAGUGCCGGCGCGUCGCAUGCAAGAACACCAGUGGUAUCUACAUCUGCAACGACACGACCCAAACCGUGCGCGUCACGGGCGAGCGUAUCUACACACUUGGCAAGAUUCCCUCUGACAAUUGCUGCCACCAAGGUCCGCCGGAAAACCCGACCAAGAAAGUCGGACAUGGGAUGAGCGGGCAAAAGUUCACGGGCACCGGGUUCAAUGUCAUUGUGGCGUAUGCGAAUUGCAAUAAGGGCGAGUGGGACUAUCGGCCGCAGAUGGGCCCGGCGGAUAAUCCGUGGGGACCGAAUCUGGAGUGUUAUACGGAGUUUUACGGGAUGAGUCCGUCGCCGACGAAUGGGGAUGUGGUGACCAAGAGGGGGACGACGGAACUGAAAGAGAGGAAGUGGGAGUUGGUGGAUGAUGGGACGGGGGUGAUGGAUUUGGUGGAGAGGGAGAAUACCUCUACUGUCAGGGAGAAUGAAGUUGGUGGGGAUGCGGAUGUGGUGAAGCUGGAGGGGUGGGAGAUGGCGAAGAGGGAGGAAAAGGCAGAGAAGAGGCUUGAGGCUUGAGGCUUGAUGGGAAGAAUGUAAACCAACAUGUAAUAGGAGGGUGUCUGUUUUUCUCCCCUUUCGCUGUGUAAGAUUGUGAGAGGUCCGUUGCGAGAAGGCGUCUGCACGAUGGUGGCCUUUCUUUCCGGGGAAGCACAGGGAUACAUAUGAGGGUACCGUCGUUUGUACAUGGCCAUUUCCGAUACCACUUGAAUUUCAAUUUCCUUUUUCUUCCA